UGUUCAUAAAGCCAAGGGAAAUUACUCUAACAAAAAUUUUUGACCAACGAGAAAAGCUGAAGAUCAACAAAUUUUGAUGUUCUCUCAUUUUAAAACCCUUUAAGUGAAUUCAACCAACUAUACUUAGCACCGACUUCGAUCAUGUUUUACCACGUUUCUCUUGAACAUGAAAUUCUACUCCAUCCCCGUUAUUUUGGACCAAACUUGCUCAACAUUGUGAAACAAAAACUGUUCACUGAAGUUGAGGGCACAUGCACUGGAAAGUAUGGUUUUGUCAUUGCAGUGACAACAAUUGACAAUAUUGGGGCUGGAAUUAUCCAGCCUAGUAGAGGGUUUGUAGUGUACCCGGUAAAGUAUAAGGCAAUUGUGUUUCGGCCUUUCAAGGGAGAAGUUUUGGACGCAGUAGUAACUCAAGUCAACAAAGUGGGCCUGUUUACUGAGAUUGGGCCGCUGUCGUGCUUCAUUUCUCGGCAUUCCAUCCCAGCUGAUAUGGAAUUUGAUCCAAAUUCCAACCCUCCUUGUUACAAAACUAAAGAUGAAGAUGUUGUGAUUCAACAAGAUGACGAAAUUCGUAUCAAAAUUGUUGGAACAAGAGUUGAUGCCAAAGACAUUUUUGCCAUUGGAACUCUUAUGGACGAUUAUCUUGGACUUGUCAGCUGAUCAGUUAUGUUUGUGCUGAAGGAGUGGAACUUUUGUAAAAAUCUGAUCAAACAGAUAAUGACUGGAAAAUCAAUAAUCAUGUGCCAUGACAUCACAUGUUAUUUAUGAUGACUUUAACUUCCUUUAGUAACUCUGUUGUGUUCAAAUGUGAGAAAAAGCUAAGAAUGCUGUAUAUUUUGGGUUUUAUUGCAUCAUAUAUAUUUUGUGUUAACAUUUGUCAAGUUUCUUGAUGAUCAUUGCAUUCGAUAGUCUAAAAUGUCAGGCUGACAUGCACUAAUAAGGUUAUUUGAUUUUUGCUAUUAUAAUAUUCAACAAUUACGUUUUAAUACUUGAUUUAAGUUGGAUGUUUCUAGUUAAGUUUUGAAUGUUCAAUAAUUGUGACAUUACACUAAAACAUAGACAUUUGUAAAUGAAAGAAAUCAUAUGAAUAAAAGGCUUUUAGAUUGUA